AAGCGGAUUGUGGGUCAGUUAGUGUUGUGGCUGGAAGGAGGCGGGUCAGUCUGAGUUCUUUGGAACCCGUCUGCAGGAAAACUCGGAUUAUUUUAAGGGUACCGUCGGGGACAGACUACUGCGCUUUCUCCUGAGCGAUCGGAACCGGUUCCAGCUCCGGAUCGGAGGUUUUGUUGGUGCAGGCGGUGAAGAAACGGCAGGUCGACCUCGCCUGAAGAGCCGGAAGUGGAUAAACCUUGUCGUGGAGAGGAUGUCAAACCAGUUGGCUGGUUCUCUGUAACGGGAUUAGAGGUCGGUCGUAAACAUGCGCUGCCUGGCCGCUCGGGUGAACUACAAGACGCUCAUCAUUAUCUGCGCCCUCUUUACACUCAUCACUGUGUUACUAUGGAACCGCUGCUCGAGUGACGCCUCCGUACGCUUCCUACCCCGUUCUCCUUUGGUGGCACCAAGUGCUAAGGUGGGAGAUGCCAGCGUCAGCAGCCAGCAGCACCCGCCACAACCACCGGAGCCUCCGCCUGUAGUUGGUGGCAUCAAGUAUGAAGAAAUUGACUGCUUAAUCAAUGAUGAAUCCACUAUCAAAGGCCGGCGAGAGGGUGGGGAGAUUUUUCUUCCCUUUAGUUGGAUGGAAAAAUACUUUGAAGUGUAUGGCAAAGUCAUGCAGUAUGAUGGCUACGAUCGUUUUGAGUUCCAGCACAGUUAUUCCAAGGUCUACACACAGCGCGAACCCUACCACCCUGAUGGAGUUUUCAUGUCGUUUGAGGGGUACAAUGUGGAGGUCCGUGACAGAGUCAAAUGUAUAAGUGGAGUGGAAGGGGUGCCUCUGUCCACUCAGUGGGGGCCUCAGGGCUACUUCUAUGCCAUCCAGAUUGCACAGUACGGUUUGAGCCAUUACAGCAAAAACCUGACCGAGCGCCCGCCCCAUGUGGAGGUCUACGAUACAGCGGAGGAGAAGGACAGCCGAGCCAGUGCGUCCACCUGGAGCGUGCCAAAAGGCUGCAGUCUCAGCCGUGUCCACGACAAGGCCCGUGCGACCUCCAUACGCCAGUUCAGCGUUCCAGAGUCAUCAGAAGGCGUGUCCCUCCCACUGGGUAAUUCCAGAGACUUUAUUCUCAGCUUGGACCUGAAGUUCAUGUCAAACGGCAGUGUGUCUGUGGUCCUUGAAACCACUGAGAAGGGUUCGCCCUUCACAAUCCACUACGUGACCAACACACAGCUCAUCACCUUCAAAGACCGAGACAUCACCUACGGCAUUGGACUGCGAACUGCCUGGAGCACCUUGACCCGUGACCUGCUCACUGACCUCAGGAAGGGUGUGGGACUGUCCAACACCAAAGCUGUCAAGGCCACUAAGAUUAUGCCCAGAAGAGUUGUCCAUUUGGUACUGCGUGGGCGGGGCUUUGUAGACAACAUCACUAUCUCCACUACCGCCCACAUGGCUGCUUUCUUUGCUGCAAGUGACUGGCUGUUGCGCAACCAGGACAAGCGCGGCGGCUGGCCUAUCAUGGUUACACGUAAGCUGGGAGAAGGAUUCCGGCCACUGGAACCCGGCUGGUACUCGGCCAUGGCCCAGGGUCAGGCCAUGUCCACGCUGGUCAGAGCGUACCUCCUCACCAAGGACCAGGCUUACCUCAAUGCUGCCAUCAAGGCGGUAGGACCGUACAAGGUGCCUUCAGCGCAGCGCGGGGUCAAAGCCGUGUUCAUGAACAAAUACGACUGGUUUGAAGAGUACCCGACCACGCCCAGUUCUUUUGUCCUCAACGGCUUCAUCUAUUCCCUGUUGGGUCUCUAUGACUUGACAGAGACAGCCGGCGAGAAGCUCGGCAGGGAGGCCGGGCAGCUGUUCAGCCGCGGCAUGGAGUCACUCAAAGCUAUGCUGCCUCUCUUUGACACGGGUUCUGGGAGCAUUUAUGACCUGCGACAUUUCAUAUUGGGCACUGCACCCAAUCUAGCACGCUGGGACUAUCACACCACACACAUCAACCAGCUCCAGCUGCUGGCGUCCAUAGACAACUCUCCCAUCUUCAAGGACGUGGUCAAACGCUGGAAGAAUUAUUUAAAAGGCAUCCGUGCCAAGCACAACUAACGCCUGCUGCUGUCUACAUCUUAGACACUUUUCCACUGCAGGGACCAGAUCCUGACGACUAACGUAUCAGAAAUUCUCAAACUAGUUCCAGCUUCAGGCUUGGGAUGGGAAUCGUUCACUGAUGUUGUUGAUCGGUCCUGUUCCCUUAUUGAUUCCUGGUCGUUUUUUUCUGUUUGGAAAAGACAGAGGUCGCCAUGCAUCUUCAGCAUUCAUGCAGCUCUUCUCCUUGUUGUUAGAUGUUUGACUUCAUGACACUGCUGGAGGUUUUGCAGAGUGGGACAGUCAGACAUGUUAAUGUCCCAGACACACGAGUCCAGUGGAUUAAACAAACUGGAGCUGGUUUUUAGUUCCCGUUCCUGCUGCAGGCUCAGUUUCCUCUCAGUGUUUCCACCAGACUGGAACGAUGUUGAAGAUAAAUGUGAACAUGGGAGUACUGGUUCUGGUUCCACACCCUGUUCGACUCUUAGUUAUCACUUAACUGUGUUUCAGUGCAGCAGAAGUGACGACGCGCUGGUUUGUGUUUAAAUAUUUGUCCGUUAGCGCUGACGGACAACGUAACGAGUAUAAAACGGUGACGUCUGUCCAGCUCAUAAAUAUGACCAGCUGAACACAAGCCACAUCGCUGCACAGCUUUCACAAAAUCAAAUAGUUUUAUAAAGUAAAAUAAAAUAAAAUUCCACAUAAUUAUAAAUUAAAAAUAAAAUUCCAUUUUAAUGUCAACAGUUGACCAGCAUGAACGGCUGUUUUAACAUGUGCGGGGAGAAGAAAGAGGAACUUGAUUUCUGUGCUGGAGGCAAAUAAAAGCCAACAGUCAAAGCAGUGCGAAACCUCACGAUCACGACACUCCAGCAACGAAACUUCAGAGGAAAUACAAUUUUCUCUCUGUAAUUCAGAACAAUUCACUGCUUUAUUGGUGAAAUGUUCCGUUUUCCUCUGGACGUGCUCCACGUCCUUGUUUUUUUUUUUAAAUAAAACCAUGCCCAAUUCUCUGAAAGUGAAAACUAACAUUUUCCAGAGUGUAAGUCGCCUCUGUUCAAAAAUUGUCUCUAGAAGAGGGGAAAAAAUACAUUUAUGUCACACCAAAGAAUAAGUCUCAUCUUUAUUUAUUUUGUAUGUAGAACUCUGUUUUUGAUGCAGCGUUUUUCUGGGUGCGACUUUACAAACAGGAACUUGAGGUCGCACAUGUGCACAUUUUUUUUUAUCAGCUACUUAAUUUGGGAUUUUUGUGCAUUGUUGAGUUGUUUUUAUGAAUAUGCAUAUGUCGCUGACAUAUGAAUGAGUGAAGGUCCUCACCAUCUCACCAUGUCAAUUAGGUCCUUCACCCUUUUUUCAGUAAAUGGUUCUGGGGAGCAUUAGCAUGGUUAAAACCCUUUCGCUUCAGCAGCACUGAACUGUAGCCCUCUUAACCCCCCGCCAUUUUAAGCCGUUUUCUUUAUUUGCCUCUUACAAGCCUGGAAAGUCCUCACCAUCUCAUUUAGGUCCUUCAGACUUUAAAAAAAAAAUGUUCUGGGCAGCAUUAGCAUGGCUAAAAACCUUCAGGUAAUUUACACACUAAAUAGUCACUGAGCUGUCAAGGUGCGCGCUGCCUCUCACUUUAGCAUUCCCAGUUUCAGUGUCGACUCUCUGCUGAAUUCCUGUGAGAUUUCCUCCAUUUAUGCAAUAUCUCCUCUUUGUCUUUUUUUUUUAUUUAUUUUUUAAUUGAGACAAA